GAGUGGGUGGGGCCAGCAAAUACCUCCUCCCCACAGGUCCUUAUCUUACUACCUAUACUUUCUUAGCCCCUACUCUCUCCAGACCUGAGCAGACCCAACCAAGUCCGGCAGAGUGAGGAAGAGGCCCGCCUCUGCCUUACCGGUGUCCUCCGCGGUGGGGGCCGGGUGGUGGUACCAGAGCGGGAGGUGGGAACAGAGCAGAGACUAACCCAGAAGAGUGGAACAGAGAGCAGCUCUGGUCGCGGCCGGGAGUACACCCUGAAGUGCUGUGGGGGCCACCAGGGGAACUGUGACCUGGCCAGUUUGGGAUGUGACCUAGCUAUUCUGAGAUGUGACCCUCAGCCCUCGCCCAAUGCGGACCUUCCGGCACCGCAGGAGGGCUGCCGCGAGUGGGCUCCGGGCGCCCUGGUUCCUGCACCUGGUGGCAUGGCUCCUGCUGUUCCACGUUCUGCCGGAGUUGUCAGCUCAUUGUAUCAGUAGUGGUUUACCUAAACCAACCAAUGUCACUUUUUCAUCUGUAAAUAUGAAUAACAUUCUACGGUGGAAUUCACCAGAGGGCUUAGGAGGAGCUGGAGUUGUUUACACUGUGCAGUAUCUGAUAUAUGGCCAAAAGAAAUGGCUGAAUAAAUCAGAAUGCAGAAAUAUGAACAUAACCUCCUGUGACCUCUCCUGUGAAACUUAUGACUAUGAAGAACAAUACUAUGGGAGAGUUAAGGCCAUCUGGGGGAAAGAUUGUUCCAAAUGGGUAGAAACGGAACGUUUUAAUCCAUGGUCAGAAACACAAAUUGGCCCCCCAGUGGUUGCUUUGACUCCUGGUGAAAAAUCCAUAUCAGUCAUUCUGACGGCCCCUGAGAAGUGGAAGAUAAAUCCAGAAGACACUUCUGUAUCCAUGCACCAAAUCUACCCCAGUCUGAAAUAUAAUGUAUCAAUCUACAACACAAAAGCAAACAAAAAGUGGUACAAAUUUGUAACAAAUCACACGUUGGAGCUACCCCAGCUGGAGUCGAAUACUCUCUAUUGUGUCAGCGUGCAAUCCUAUGUCCUGGGACCACUUCGAAAUUCUAAGCCUUCAGAAAAGCAGUGCAUCACUACCUUGAAAGAUCAAACUUCAGAGCUGAAAGUAAAAAUCAUCCUUUGUUAUGUUUUGCCCAUUUCUGUUACAGCAUUUAUUUUUUUAAUAAUAGGCUAUUCUAUGUACAGAUAUAUACAUGUGGGCAAGGAGAAACAACCAACUAACUUGGUAUUGAUUUAUGGAACUGGAUAUGACCAAAGACUUUUUGCACCAGCUGAAAAAAUAGUAGUUAACUUUAUUACCCUUAGUAUUGUGGAAGAUGCCAAGACUUCCUCAAAGGAUAUGAAUAUAAUGGGGAAAAACAGUGAUAUUCCUGACCCAAACACUGUUAAGAAUAUGCAGGGCAAGAGCCAUCAGGAGGAAUCAGAAGUGAAGCACUUGGGGUAUGCUUCAAAGGCAAUGGGCAUUUUUUGUGACAGUGAAGAAACUUUACACUGCCUUUCAACAGUUCAACAAGAAUUACUUUGUGCUUCAAAAACAAAAGAUGAACCCAUCAUUGAAUAUGAGUUUGAUGUAAGACCUGGGGACAUCGGGAUAGAUCAUCAUGAUCAGGGAAUUAACUUGCAGGAUGGAAUACCCUUUCAGGGCAAAGUAAUGCUUGACUCUGAGAUUGCUUUAGCAAAUUUUGGCCAAGAAGCACUACUUGGUUCAUAUAAUCCACAACUAAGAAAUCUCCAACAGAGAACACAGGAAAACACAGAGACAAAGGAGCAAGAGGAAGAUGAGGAGUCAAGGAUACUCGUAGACUGGGAUCCACAAACAGGGAAACUAUGUAUACCAUCUCUAUCUGAUUGUGAACAUGUGGUAGAGGAGAAAGGAAGUGAACACUCUGAAUAUAAUGAGUACCCAAGUGAGGGACUUCUGUCAAAACUCUAUGAUGCACAGGUACCCCACAAAUCACCCCAAGAAAAUGAAACCUAUCUCAUGCAAUUCAUGGAGGAAUGGGGACUUCACAUCCAAAUGGAAGACUAGCUUUAGAAGCUUAGACUAUUUGUAAUGUUGAUAUUGUUUCAUCUAGGUAGUACAAUGGAUAGAGAGAGCAUUGGGCCUGAAGUCAGUAAGACUCAUCUUCAUGAGUUCAAAUCUGGCCUCAGAUACUUAAUAGCUAUGUGACCCUGGGCAAGAAACUUCUCUUAACUCAAUUUCUUUAUCUGUAAAAUGAGCUGGAGAAGGAAAUGGCAAACCACUCUAGUAUCUUUGCCAAGAAAACCCCAAAUGGGCUCAUAAAGAAUCAGACACAACUGAAAAACAACUGAACAACGACAAUAUUGUUUCCAGGUGCAUAGAUGCAGGCAGAUGAAUUAAACUUCACUAGAAUAAAUCACUUCAGAGAAAAAGAUCAGUUUUUAUAAGCAGAUUUUCCUCCCAAAAUUCAAACUAUUUGUUUACUCAAUUGGUAUUAGGUCAUGUUUCCUAAUAAGCCCAUUGAUAUCAAUUCAUUGAGUACCUAUCAUGUAUGGGAUUAUGUAUUUCAUAUAGAUCCUCCUAAAGUUCUUAUUUCAUCCUAAUAUCAAUAAUAACUUAUGUCUCCAUUGCAUUGAAACAUGUACAAAAAUCCUUUUUUCCUGGCUAUGAGGUCAUUAUUGUUGAACAAGUACUAUUUAUUGUCCUCAAUUUACAAUUGAAUUCAGAGAAAGAACCUUAGGAAAUGCUUACAAAUUAAGUUCACAAGUCAAUCAUUGAUAAAUGACUUAUAGGAAACACUCUUGUCUCACGUGUCAUUAAUGACCUAGUUUCCCUCCCAGCCAAGUAAAUAGGUCACCUCCUUUCAAAAUUUGUAAUAGGACCAUAACAUUUUGAUUAACAGUCUAACACUGACUUUUAGGUAUUUCAAACAUUACUCCAGCUUUACUAAUAAGACUAAUAAUCCCUUUUACUUGGAUAGUCCCUUACGGUUUACAAAAGUAUUUCACAUGCCUUUAUCUCAUUUGAUCCUUAAUGAGUUCACUCCUAGGAUGUAUAGAAGUCCAUGAAAUUUUAUUAUUAUUCCUUUCCAAUUCAGAAUCCUUUUUAGAGAAUUAAUAAUACUAUACUAUAAGUUUGUCACAAUCCAUCAACUCCAGUGUGUGAAAAGGUCAGAUCCUGUGCUAAAAUAUUACAUUUGUUUCUGAAGUUGUAUUCAGGGGAAACAUUUGCUGCUAAACUGCUCUAGGAGUUGAGCCAUGAUGUUACAGUCAUAAUAUCAAGUGCUUGAUUUGGACUGGUAUCACUCCAAUAGAAUGGCAGCUCUUUGAAGAGAGAAGAGACUCUGUCUUGGGUUUUUUUCUUGGCAUCCUCAGCAUCUAGCACAAUGACUUGCACAUAGUAAAUGUUGUUGAAAUGAAGUAUACAUUUUUUUGCAAUUAAAUCAUAUAUCAAAUCAAGC